AUGACAAUGAAUAAUCGACGACCAGGUAUGAUUGGUAUGAAUACAUUCACCAAUGAAAUUCUAUCUUCAAAUUCAUUUCCAACUGUUACCACUACAACAUCUAGUACCACUACAACAACAGCAACAAUGACGAAUAGUGUUCCACUACAUACAUUUCCUUCGGGUUCAGUUCUAUCAUUGCCUGAUCUUAGUGAGAAUGGAAGAGAUUAUUUAGAAGAUGAAAUAUCUACUAUUUUAAUUAAUAGUGAUCCAGAAGAAUGUAAUGAGAAUUUUCUGAUUUAUUUAAAGAUUAUAUUGGAUAAUAUUUAUAUUAACAAACAACCAUUAUAUAAAGAUAUUUCAAAAUAUUCAUUGAAAUUAAUUAAAUCAAAUUUAUUUACUAAAAAUUUUAAAUUUUGUGUGGGGAAAAUCAUUGCAUUUUUAGAAACUUUUACUGUAUUAACUAAAUUCAGACUCGAAGAAGAAGAAGAAGAGGAGCAAAUUAAUGAAGAUGAUGAAAGAGCUAAAUAUGAAAGUGAAUGUUUAAAAGAAUUUUUAUGUAUUGUUUUAUUAUUAUUGAUUAAAAUUAAAAAUACUGAACAUGAAAAAAAUAGUAAAAAUAUAGACUUUAAUGAUGGAGAUGUUCCAAAAGUUAAAGAUGAUGAAUUAUCAUUGAUUCCAGUAAAUGAAUUAUUUGAAACAUUUAGAGAAUUUAAAUUAAUGUCUAUUUUAUCAUCAUUUAUAUCAACUCAAAUAAUUGCCAUUAAUAAUCAAGAAUCAAAAUUUGUUAUAUUGAAAUUUAGUUGUGAUAUAAUUUUUGAAUAUUUUUAUCAAGUUGAAAUGUUGAAUAAUGAAGAAUUGAAUGAAUUAACUAAACAUGAUUUAAUACCUACUUUAAUUAAAUAUUUAUUAAAUAAUGAUGAUUUCCAUAAUUAUGAUUUAGAUGGGGAUGAAUUUGAAGAUGAAUCAAGAUUAAUUGCUUAUGAAGAAUUGAAAUUAUUAUUAUUGAUAAAUGAACAAUUUUUAAUGAAAUCUUAUUAUGAUAAAAAUUUAAAUAAUUUAGUAUUUGAUGAAUUAUUGAAAAAUGUUGAAAAUUUAAAUCAAAUUACUGGAUUAAUAAAUCUUUUAAUUUAUCAUUUGAAUAGAGAAGAAUCUCAAAUUAUCAAGAUAUUAAUAUUGAAAUUUUUAUAUUUGGUUUUUGUUUCAAGUUGUACUUGUAAAUUGAUUUAUUUAAAUGAUUUGAAAAUAUUAAUUGAUAUCAUAAUUAGAGAAUUAAAUAAUACUGAUGAUGAUAAGAAAAUCUUAACCAUGACUUAUCUUCGAGUUUUAUAUCCAAUAUUGAUAUUUUCUCAAAUUAAUGAAAAUGAUAAUUAUAAAGGUUAUAAGAAUAAUCAAAUUUUACAAGUUUUACGGGAAAUUAUAAUCAAUUAUGAAACUAAACUACAAGAUUUAUCAAGAAAUGAUUCAAAUGAUGAAGAUAAUAGUAUUUCAAAAUUAGCAAUUAAAUGUAUGCAUGUUAAAUGGUUAAAAAAUCCAUCUCAACCAAACCAACAGCAACACCCACAACAUCAUCAUCAACAACAACAACAACAAGGGACAUUUAAAACAGAAUCUCCUGAAUCAGAUGAACAAAUUUCAAUUCAAUCAACUAAUUCAAAAGAAUCAUUGACUGGUUCAUUCACAAGAGUUGCUUCAGUUCGUGCAUCUUCAAGAAGUGAUUAUCAUAAACAUACAACAACUCAUAAUAUUGUACGUAAAAAUAGUGGUAAAUCUAAAAAUUCAUCAAAUUCUUUUAAUAAUCAAAGAUCUUUAAUGAUUGAAGAAAAUAAUGGGAAUGUAUUUUUAUCUAAAAUAUCUAAAAUUUCUUUAUCUGAUCAAUCUACUACUACUCCAUCUAAUCCCCAACAACAACAUCAUCAUCAACAACAUCAACAACAACCAUCUUUAACAACAACAACAACAUUAGAAACAACAACUUCUAUACAUUCAGAUCAAAUUUCAAUAACUAGUAGUGUUGGUACUUCAGAUAGUAAUAUUUUAGAUUUACCUGAUGAAUAUUUAAAUUCAAAACCAUUACCUAAAAUCCCAUUACCUACAAAAGCUAAAAGAACUUUUAAUUUAUUCAACAAGUAA